GUCCUCCGCGCGCCAUCAGCCUAACGGACUCAGCCGGCGUCCAGCAUGGUGGUAACAUUGGUGGGAGUCCUGGGCCUGAGCUGGACACUGGCUUUGGCCCAUCCACUAGCCUCCACCGCCCCUCCUGGAGCCGAUGGAGCCCCCAAGACAGAUCUGCACCCCGAUGAGAUCGGACGCUGCUCAGAGGACUGGGGCUUCGAUGCGGUCACCCUGGAUGAGUCGGGGACCAUGAUGUACUUCAGAGGGGAAUCCGUAUGGAAGAAACACAGUGGCGCCCGGGAACCGGUGAACGCCACUUGGCCGGAGGUGGGAGGUCAUGUGGACGCUGCCUUCCGCCUGCACCGGCCGGCGCGGCCCGAAGCCCACGACAAUGUCUACCUCUUCCGGGGUGAGCAGGUCUGGGUGUAUGAAAACGGGCUGCUCAAGAAGGGCUACCCCCGCCUCGUUUCCGAAGAGUUCCCGGGCAUCCCCACCCCGCUGGACGCCGCCGUGGAGUGCCACCCGGGAGAGUGCAGGGCCGAGGGCAUCCUCUUCUUCCAGGGCCGGCGGACCUGGUUCCUAGAGCUGGCCUCAGGCACGGUGAAGGAGCGGACGUGGCCCACCGUGGGCAACUGCACGGCCGCCUUGCGCUGGCUGGGCCGCUACUACUGCUUCCAGGGCGGCCGCUUCCUGCGCUUCGACCCCGUCUCCGGCGAUGUGCCUCCUCACUACCCCCGGCUUCUCCGCGACUACUUCAUACGCUGCCCGGGCAGAGGGCAUGGCCACGGGGCCCACCAGAACAACUCGCAGCCUCAAGAUGACCGCUGCAGCGGCCUCAACUUCUCGGCCUUUCUCUCCGAUGACUCCGGGCGUAUCUACGCCUUCAGCGGGCUCAGGUAUUGGCGAGUGGAUUUGCAGCGGGACGGCUGGCACGCCUGGCCCAUCAACCACCAGUGGCCCGAGGUCCAGGGUCCGGUCGAUGCGGCCUUCAGCUGGGAGGAGAAGGUGUACCUGAUUCAGGACUCCAACGUAUACAUCUAUGGGGGAAGGGCUGGCUUCACCCUGGUCUCUGGCUACCCCCGACAACUGAGCAAGGAACUGGGCAACCCUGGUGACCAGACAGUGGAUAAGCUGGACGCGGCCUUCACCUGCCCCAAAUCUUCCAAGGUGUACCUCAUUUCCGGCUCCCACAUGUGGGUCAAGGACCUGGCCCAGAGCCACAGGGACUCUUGGAAGGAGCUCUUCUUCCCUCAUGACCAUGUGGACGGAGCCCUGUGCACAGCGGGUGGCCUCUACCUCAUCCAAGGCCCCAACUUGUACCGCUACGGGGGCCCAGAGGAGCUCACGCCAUCCACCAUCCCUCCGAAACCCUUCAGUCUGGCCACUAGCCUCCUGGGUUGUGCCCACUGACCACCCAAGAGACCCCUUCUCCCCUCCCCUCUAAUCCCCCCCUCCCCAUUUCCCCUCACUGCUACUUUGUCCUCCUCAGAGGUCCGGCAGACAGUCCGUCUGGUGGCUCCUCUCCCCUCCUCCUGAAAUCCCCCGUGCAGCUGUGGCAAUAAAUCAACCGGAUCUCGCCAGCUCUCUGGUCAUAAUAAUAA